AUGGGGGCAACGAUGAAGACAUUUGAAACACAAGUGGGUCAAUUGGCCAAUACUAUGAAGAAUCAAUUGUCCAGAUAUUUUCCUAAUGACAUAGAGAAGAAUCUGAAAGAGUGCAAUGCCAUUACUUUGAGAAGUGGAAAAGAAUUGGAAGCUUCUAUUGUUGAAAAGAAAAAGAUUGAGGAAAUCCCCAAGAAAUGUGAGAAGGAAGAAAUCAAGCCAAAGGAAGAGAUUCUGAAGAAAGAGCCAUUGGUGGUUAGGUCGAGUUCUAUUACUUUUCUGGAUAAUCCACCUAAGAUUACUACUCCAUUGCCAUUCCCUCAACGAUUUUAUAAGAAGGAGAUUGAUGAAAAAUUUGAGAAGCUCCUGAAUAUUUUCAGGAAAAUCCAUAUUAAUAUUCCUUUUGUGGAUGCUCUUGAACAAAUGCUAAAUUAUUCUAUGUUUAUGAAGGAUGUGAUAUCUAAGAAGCGUAAGUUAGAGGAUUAUGAGAUAGUGAAGCUAAUGGAAGAAUGUAGUGCCAUUCUCAAGAGACAAUUACCGAAAAAGUUGAAGGAUCCAGAAAGUUUUAUAAUUCCAUGUGUGAUUGGUGAGGUACAUAUUGAGAAGGCCUUGUGUGAUUUGGGUGCUAGUACCAAUCUAAUACCUCUCUCUAUCUUUUGGAAACUCAAUCUUGGAGAGGUCACACCAACUACUAUUUCCUUACAAUUGGUAGAUCGUUCUUUAACAUAUCCUAGAGGUAUUAUUGAAGAUGUUUUAGUGAAGAUUGAUAGAUUCAUUUAUCUAGUUGAUUUUGUUGUGCUUGAUAUGGAGGAAGACCAAGAAAUUCCUAUAAUCUUGGGAAGACCUUUUCUUGCAACCGGAAAAACUUUGAUUGAUGUCCAUGGUGGUAACUUGACUCUAAGGGUGAAUGGCGAAGAAGUAAAGUUCAACAUUAGUAAUGCCAUAAGGUUUCCCAAGGAGCAAGCAGAGUGUAAGAGAGUGGAUGUAGUUACUCCAUGUUUAAGAGAUUUUUUAUGA